AUAGCAUAAAUGAGGAAGUCGUAUCUCGCUGUAACCAACAACUUGUACAAUAAAGAUAAAAAGGUGUCGUCGAGUCACCUGUCUCCAUUUUAGUGGCGUCAGAGCGAGCUCGCUACCAUGGUAACAAGACUGAACACAAACCCUCCGUGACGUCUGUUGACAGUCUAUGGUUGACAGCCGUCGGUGUGCUCCUCACCUCGAAAACUGUUUUUAACGAUAUAUAAAUAAAAAAUAGACCCUGUUUCCCUCCGUCGGCUCCAGACAACACAUGGAGAAGUACGAGAAGGUGCUGUGUUUGGGUCGGGGGGGAGCAGCGGACGUGUUCCUGAUGAGGCACGUAGAUCUCAAGAGCCUACACGCGGUGAAGAGAAUAAAAGUAGAGGAAACAAAAAGAGCCAAAACACAGAGAGCAAUCCUGCAAGAGGCUGAGAUCAUCAGGAGGCUGCAGCACCCUCACGUAGUGAAGUGCAGCGAUGCUUUUGUGAACUUUGAUGGAUUCAUUUACAUCGUGAUGGACUACUGCGACGGAGGGACAUUAGAUGACAAAGUGAAAGAGAGGCAAGCAGAGGAGUUUUUCACAGAGGAUACAGUGAUGGGCUGGUUUGUACAGGUGGUUGUGGCUUUACGUUACAUACACACGGCUAAAAUACUGCACAGGGACAUUAAAACAUCAAAUGUUCUGCUCACAAAGCAAGGCGUGGUGAGGUUAGGAGACUUUGGGAUAUCCAGAGUAAUGACCAACACAGCGGACAUGGCCUCCACAUGUGUUGGGACACCAAGCUACCUCAGUCCCGAGCUGUGCCAGGAUGUCCCAUACAGCUCCAAGUCUGAUAUCUGGGGUCUCGGCUGCCUGCUGUAUGAGAUCUGUGCUCUCAGGCCUCCGUUCGCAGCCACAAACCUGCUCAGUCUGUACUACAAGAUAACCAAAGGAGAGUAUGAUCCUGUGCCCAAUGUCUACUCUGACAACAUCUCCACUUUGAUCCAGAGAAUGCUCUGCCUCAACCCAGAAAACAGGCCAACAGCUGCAUGGAUACUAAACAGUGCCUAUGUACAACAUCACCUCAACUCUAUCAAACACACAGAGACCGGCUGUGUUGCUGUGAAGAGCUGUGAUGUGAAUAUAGCAGAGAAAAACACACUACAGCCAGAUGUUCUCACUCAGUCCUGCACAUGGGAAGAUAAGGAGCUCAACAUGGAGGCUGGUUCCUGUGAUGUGGAGGAGGACCAUCAUGACGCUUUGUGUGUUGAAGGACAAAAUCAAUGUGACUGCCACUAUCCUGAAGACUUCGAUGAGGAUGAAAGUUUGUCCUCUCUUGAGGAGCGCAGUGAGGAUUCGGGGUCGCCAAUGAGGAGUGACUCUGCUGAGGCUACUGUAUUCCCAGAGGCUCCUGAUGUCUCAGAGCAGGUUGAGUAUCUAGACGACUUCGAGGAGGCCGAUGUGGAAGAAGAGUAUGAGGAUGAUGUUCCCGCCGCUGCUCCUCAGCAGCCACAUGAUGAUGCAGUGGAGGAGGAGUUUCAGCUCUGUGAUGCUGGAGGAUUGCCCAUCACACUGAAAGCAUUGAAGGAAAAUGGAUAAAAAUGACAAUAAAAACUAUGCGCCGCAAUGAGCUGCAAUGUGAACUAAAGGGGCCAUAGCAGCUGGAGCAGUGAAAUAUCUGAGUGCCUUGUUGUUCGAAGUGUUUUAUGCAAUUGCUGUUAAAAUGGACACAUGGUCUUCUAUGUCUGAGAGACAUCGGAGGGCUGAAGAUAAGUUUACUGCUAGAUGAAAACACUUGGUGGAGCUAGAGAAUAAACGAAGUCCUGCUCAGUGUGUGCUGGAAGUGCUGAAUGAGGUUUCUGAUUGGCAUCAUAUGACGUCAUGGCAAUGAUGAGUGACAAAACAGAAAUUUGUACAAGUUUGUACAGUAUCCUGGAUAGACAAAAAAUAGACCAAAUAGCAGCAGCUGGGGUUUAACUUGUAAGCUAUAUAUUUAAUAAAUCACAUGAUCACAUUUAAAAAAGACCAUAAAAACAAAGCACCAGAAAUAACUCCAAAAUAUCCAUUACAAAUCCCAAUGCUGUGGAGUGAAUGUACUGUAUUAUGCUACUGUGUUAACGUUCUCAUUCAGUGUUUUGUGUUGAAAUCACACUUUUUCAGUGUUUCUUGUGGCAUCAAAAUGAGAUAAGAGCUCAUGUUUGCAAUCAACUAUGGCGUUAGAGGAAAUAUGUGGUAUGCAGCGUGCCACAAAAAGAUGUUAUGAUAAGACACAUAUUAUGUGUCAUAUAGUACAUAUCAUACUAUGUAGAACUACAGUUAUGAUAAACACCAAGAAUGGGAAACAUAUUUAGAAAAUGGAAUACAAAUCCAAACUUGACUGGAACUGGAACAACCUACAGUAACACGGGUGUCUAAAAUAAACCAAAAAAAUUAAA